AUGUAUACCAAGGUCGGCUUUGCUGGUGAUAAGAGCCCGCGCGUGGUUUCCCCGACAAUUGUGGGCUAUGAUGGAGGAUUCGAGAACAACGCAUACGUUGGCGAUAAUGCCAGCCCGAUCCAGCGUGGAUUGAUCACCAACUGGGAUGAUAUGGAGAAGAUCUGGAACCACGCCUUUGCCACUGACCUUCAGGUUGCUCCGGAAGAGCGCCCGGUUCUCCUGACUGAGCGCUCGCUGAACCCCAAGGAGAACCGAGAGAAAACUACGCAGAUCAUGUUUGAAACAUUUAAAGUCCCAGCCUUUUAUCUCGGGAUCGACACUGUCUUCGCUUUGUACGCGUCCGGCCGUACCACUGGCGUGUCCGUUGAUUGUGGCCAUGGCUCUACUGAUUGUGUCCCCGUUUAUGAGGGAUCGGCAUUGUACCAUUCAAUUCUCCGGGUGGAUGUAGGCGGAGACGACAUAACCAGAUACCUGAUGGACCGAUUGGGCGGAAAUGAUUCCAGUCCUGAUAUAUUCGCGGACAUGAAAGAGAAGCACUGCUUUGUUGCACCUAAUUUCGAUCAGGAGUCUCAGCGUACUGCUCAGCAGAGCUAUGAGCUGCCUGAUGGGCAAACGAUAGAAAUGGGGGCGGAGACAUUCCGGGCCCCUGAAGUCCUCUUUCAGCCGUUUAUGCUUGGUCUUGACAUCCAUGGCAUUCAUCAGCAUGCGUAUGACUCUAUCUUCAAAUGCGAUCUUGACAUUCGGAGGGACCUAUAUGGAAAUGUUGUUCUGUCUGGAGGCACUUCAAUGUUGCCUGGUAUGGCAGACCGACUACACCACGAACUGGUCUCUCUCAGCCCGCAAUCUAUGAAAGUGAACGUUGUAGCUGCCCCGGAGCGAGAGUACUUAGCGUGGAUUGGAGGUUCGAUGCUGGCAUCACUGUCGACAUUCCAAGAUCGUUGGGUAACCAAGGAGGUGUAUGAUGAAUCAGGUCCUGGGAUUGUCCAUCGGCAGUGCUUUUGA